UUUGGGCUGGAGGCAGGGAGCAUUCAGGACUAACUAGACCCUACUGUGGUUUAAAUGAACAUAAGAGACCGUUGUUGGGCACAUGAGGCACAGCUGGACAUGCAUGCGUAAAGACAGUGCAAGUAGACGUAAUGAUGCUCAGUUAUGCUUAGGCUGUGAAAAGAUUUGGUUGUUCUAUUGCCAAAGUAGCCUUGUCCAAAGAACGCAAUUGAGUAAUCUGUCUCUUCUCAGAAAGUUGCCAGUUUUACUUUGUUUAUAGUUUUUUGGCCAAAAUGGGGUGCUCCUCAUCCAGUGCGCAGACUGUGGACCAGGAGAAGAGACCCGGAACGAAGCCUGAAGUGGCCAACGGCUCUGUGGUGAAGAAUGGUUACAUUUCCGAAGAUGUCCACACCAUUGAAGCCCAGGUGCAGCUGCCCGUGCAGACUGCCCAACCCUGUGACCUCCACCCCCCCGGGCUGGAGGAGGUGAUGGAGCCUGUAUUAUUGGCUCUAGAAGCACAGGAGGAUCUGGGUUCUGGGGUGGACCUACUCUCCUCUAAUGCCACUUUGGAGGUGGUCGAAGCCUUGCCCCUGGUGGAGGAGGCAGCCCCUGUUGAAAGUGUUGUUACAGAGACAGUCCAGGAGGUGGAGACACUGGUUCAAGUUACAGAAGAUGUUACUGAAAAUGUUGUUGCUGAGACAGAAGCUCCAAUCUCAAUAGAAGAAGCGAGCGUAGUUGAGGUUGUGUCUGAAGUGGCCCCUGCAGCUCUGGUGGUUGAACCUGUAGUGGCGGCAGAUGUGGCAGAGGUGAAGGAGGUUGUGGUUGAGGAAAGCAAUGUUGAGAUUUUAAAGGAAGAGGCAAAGGAAGUAAGUCAUCUGGAACCAACACCAAUUGAAAAUACCCCUGCAGAAACCUCUCCAGUAGAAUCUACACCACCUAAAACUACCCCUGUAGAAACUACCUCUGCUGAGAUUACCACAAUAGAAUCUACCCCUGUUGAAGUUACACCAGUCUUAACUACUCCAUCUGAAACAGACCCAACAGAAUCUACCCCUGCUGACUCAGCCAUAUCUGACUUUACCCCAACUGAAAUUACACCAGUAGAGGGUGGCUCAGUUGAACUUUUCCCACCCGAACCAACCCCAACAGAGACAAGUCCAGUUACCUCAGCUGUAACUGCCCCAACAGAAUCUACCCCAGAAUCCAUGUCAGUAGAAUCUACCACAGUCGAAACUACCCCAGCUGCCCUUACAGAAUCUACCACAGUUGAACCUACCCCAGCAGAACCCGCCCCUACAGAAUCUACCACAGUUGAACCUACCCCAGCAGAACCCGCCCCUACAGAAUCUACCACAGUUGAAACUACCCCAGCAGAACCCGCCCCUACAGAAUCUACCACAGUUGAAACUACCCCAGCUGAACCCACCCCUACAGAAUCUACCAUAGUUGAAACUACCCCAGCUGAACCUGCCCCUACAGAAUCUACCACUGUUGAAACUACCCCAGCUGAACCCGCCCCUACAGAAUCUACCACAGUUGAAGCUACCCCAGUUGUCCCUGCCGCUACAGAAUCUACCCCAGCUGCCCCUGCCCCUACAGAGUCUACCCCAGUUGAAACUACCCCAGCUGUCCCUGCCCCUACAGAAUCUACUCCAGUCGAAACUACCCCAGCUGUCCCUGCCCCUACAGAAUCUACUCCAGUCGAACCUACCCCAGCUGUCGCUGCCCCUACAGAAUCUACCCCAGUCGAACCUACCUCAGCUGACCCCGCCCCUUCAGAAGCUAACACAGCUGAAACUGCCUCAGCUGCCCCUGCCCCUACAGAAUCUACCCCAGUCGAACCUGCCCCAGUUGCUCUUGUCCCUACCGAAUCUACCCCAACUCCAUCUGUUCUAAUUGUGGAUGCCCCCAUCGGUGACCCUGACACUCCAACUCCAGUAGAACCAGAGGUAUUGCCAGAACCAGCAUCAGAAAAUACUGAAAUUGCAACUCCCAGUGAUCCAGCUCAGUCGAAAACUGAAGGUGAGCCACAAGUUGAAACGCCAAGUGAACCUAUUGCCACUUCUACUGAAACUGUCGAAUCUUCUCCAAAUGUUGAAACUACAGCCACAAGUGAACCUACAAGUGUAGUCCACGCAGCCGAGGUAGUUACUGAAAGUGUGCCAUCACAGCCAGAAACAAAUGUAGAUGCAAAACAGGUAGAUGCUCCCCAGCCUGAAGAUCCAAAACCAGUUGAAAAUGUUGAAGUUGUGGCAUCAAAUGGUCCAGAUGCCCUUCCAAUAACAGAAUCACAAACUAAUAUGGAAAUCCCAAUUGUACCAUCAGUAGCAGUAAUAGACUCUGUGAUUGAUCAAGCAAUCGCAGCUGCUACAAUACCUCAUCUGCCUCCAUUGUCUCCAGGAAAAGUCCCGAUAGUCGAGAACCUGGAAAUUUCCACAGCACCAGCUACACUUGGGCCACAAUCUUCCUCUCAAGUGACUGAGGGUGCAUCUCAGGCAGAGGCGGAGAAGGCCAAAAAGGAGGACUGAACUGGCUGUGAGCUGCCAAAUUGAAGAUGUGUUUCCAAAGAUGUCAGUCAUAAAGGGGCUACUUGAAGAACAAAACUACAAUUUCUACAUUGCCUUAAGAGAGCACACACCAAACCUUGAUGUCGUCAUCCAUUAAAACAUCAGUAACCAUUGGUGCCUUGUGUCAAGCACAAGAAAGUGCUAAAGAGCCAGGGCUAACUUUAGAGAAGAGUUUGGGCGCAGUAUUUGUUGUAAUAAUUAAACAGAUUGAUUUCUUAAAAUGUGUGUUUAUCAAGGAGAGUAACACUUGUAGUAAACAAUUAUGUAGCUGCUUCAAUAAAAGGAAUAAAAGCCAACUGUGAAUAAAAAGAUGCAAGAAAAUAUGGGUAACAGACCAAAUACAAAAUCUCACUUUCUUGACCUUUAGUCUGUUUUAAGUUAUUAAGGUUGAAAACAUCUUAAUUAUGCCAUCAAUAUCUAUGUAUUUGUUGAAUGCACAAUUAAGUGCUAAUUAAUACCUUGUACAGUGCAAUGCCAAUAAUCUAGCAAAUCUGUGUUGCUUUUAUUUCAUAAAUCAACAGUGAUUGUUGCUAAAUAACUGGAUGAAUAUGUGAGGUUAUGUAGGACAUGCAGGCUGAUGGUGACGUGAUCCAAUUUGACUCCAGUGCCUUUUGUGAACGGUACAGUUGGAGAUCACUGCAGCUGCUAUGAUAGUAACUUAUCAAUAUUUUAGCUUUCAUUAUUUUAAGGUGCACGAGUCAGGAUGUUAGAAUGAUGGAUGUGGGGGAAACUAGUGAAUAUCUAUGUUUAAGUAUGUCUUUUUACUUGUUUUCUUAUGUAAUAUAUUACAUUUCUAUUCUACUGUAUUUCUUUCCUCUCAUUCCUUAA